UGCAGUGCACAGUUACAUAUAGAAAUCAAAAUGUUUUUCACGAUUUUCUGGUGCUGUUAUUUCUUUCUUCAGGCAGAUGGUUCUCACCCUCAAAUCACCCUACCUGAUGGAGAAAUCCGAGGACACAAAUUACAAACGGAUAACGGGAAAACAUAUUACGCUUUUUUGGGUCUCCCAUAUGCGGCUCCUCCUUUGGGUAACUUGAGGUUUCAGGCUCCCGUAAAUCCGGAACAUUGGAAAGGAGUUCGGGAUGCCACCAAAAAAGGCGAUGCCUGUUUAGCAAUUUUCGACUUUACCCCACCGAGUUAUAGCGACAAGCUGAGCGAAGACUGUCUAAAAAUUAACGUCUUCACUCCAUCAUUCAAUAAUACUCAAAAGUUUCCCGUAAUGUUUUGGAUUCAUGGCGGAGGCUUUGUGGGAGGAUCGGGUAACUUCUACGGACCGGAUUUCCUCAUCGAAGAAGACGUUGUUGUAGUCACUUUUAACUACAGAUUGGGAGCGUUCGGGUUUUUAUCCACCGGCGAUGACGUAGUUUUGGGGAACGCCGGACUGAAAGACCAGUUACUUGCUCUUAAUUGGACCAACCGUAACAUUGGUCUGUUUGGGGGCGAUCCAGACAAAAUUACUAUUUUUGGCGAGAGCGCAGGUGGAAGAUCUGUCGGACACCAUAUCACCAACAAAAAAUCCAAAGGUUUGUUCCGCGCAGCUAUUUGCCAGAGCGGCUGCUCACUUCUGGGUCUACACGAGGUGAAGCCGAAAGAAAUCGCCUUGGAUCUAGCCCAGCGCCUUGAUUCCGAAUUGCCCAGAAACAUAUCGUCCGUAGAUCUUUUAAACUUUUUGCAGAACCAGUCGGCCGAUGCCAUCUUGUCGAAGUCGAUAGACAUGAAUCCGAUGACAUACCUGUUUGUUCCCAUAAUGGAGGUCGACCAUGUUGACUCGUUCAUCACGGAAUUGAAUUACAAUCUGGUUGAAACUGGAAAUGUUAGCCGAGUUCCUCUCAUACUAGGCACAGUCUCUGAGGAAUGUUUGGGUUUUAUUGGAGAUCUAAACAACAUUACGCUUACCGCGGCGUCUUAUGACUCCGACAUAACUACUUUAAUUCCGAACGAUAUCCAUCUGAAAGAAAACUGCACCCCAGAAGACGCGGCAAAUCUAAUUAGAGAAGCGUAUGUUGGACCUAACGGAAACUUUUCCGAUAACUUGGCAGCUACUUUGCAGUAUUACAGCGACAAUUUGUUCGGGAAAGCUACUCUAAAGCAGGCGGAGUUGGCGUCAGAUUAUACGUCCGUGUACCUCUACGAAUUUUCGUACUACGGUAUCGCUAGCGAGACUAGAGUAGUUAUCGAAGGAGCCGGUAAAGUAGGUCACGGCGAUGAGUUGACGUACCUGUUCAAAUUCCUCAACUUAACGGCCGAAGCGGAUAUCUUGACUAGCAAAAGAUUCGCGAAACUGUGGGCGAAUUUCGCGAAAUAUUUGGACCCCACCCCCGAAACGUCGUCGCUGCUGCAAAAUGUGAGCUGGCCCAAAGUAGAAAAUGGCGAUAUCCGUUAUCUCGACAUAGACGAAACUCUGAGCGUGAAACCGAAUAACAGAGCGAAAGAAUACGCAAUGUGGAAUUAUGUAUAUGAAAACUUCGCCUCGAGACCUUAUAUGGGGUUCUAGAAUGUCAUGCCUUUCUAACUACUAAAGUAAAAUGGAAAGGCUAA